GGGUGACGCUGUAGGCAUAGGCUACAGCACCCUCCACACCCAAUUUGUUUUCUAAAUAUCCCUUCCUCAAACCCAAAAAUCUAGUUGACAAAUCCUACGCACUUAAAUAAAAUAGUGACUACCGUAUAUUUAAGUUCGUGCAAGCCUACAUGACUGCGAAUAUUGCUGUGUAACGCAUAAGAAAUAAACAAAACCGGCUAAACAAGAUGUGGAAAGCAGCCACGGACGUGGCCGCGCCGGCUCCGGCGGAGGCCGACGACUGGGACACGGACCCCGACUUCAUAAACGACGUCACAGAGCACGAGCAGCGCUGGGGGCCUGGCGGCAGAAACGUCGAAGCUAUAGAUAUGGCGAAACUCCGUGAGGAGGUGCUGGAGGCGGACACGUUGUCCAAGAAGAAACAAUACGAGCAAGGGCCCAAGCCUUCUUAUGGCUACGGGGGUAAGUUCGGCGUGCAGGCCGAUCGGAUGGACAAGUCUGCUGUCGGCCACGACUAUAUUGGCCAAGUCGAGAAACACGUCUCUCAAAAGGACUACGCUCAAGGUUUCGGAGGUAAAUUCGGUGUCCAAACCGACCGAAUGGACGCCAGCGCGGUGGGGCAUGACUACAUCGGCAAAGUGGAGAAACACGAGUCGCAGAAGGACUACUCGCAGGGCUUCGGGGGCAAGUUCGGCGUGCAGACCGACCGCGUUGAUAAGAGCGCGGCCGGCUGGGAGCACCGCGAACAGAUCGAGAAGCAUUCGUCCCAGAAAGACUACUCCCACGGGUUCGGGGGCAAGUUCGGUGUGCAAGCGGACAGACAGGACGCCGCCGCCGUCGGCUGGGAGCACCGCGAACAGGUCGCCCCGCACGACUCACAGAAAGAUUACUCGCGCGGGUUCGGGGGUAAGUUCGGCGUGCAGACGGACCGGCAAGACGCGUCGGCGGUGGGCUGGGACCACCACGAGAAGGCACCAGCGCACGCCAGCCAGCUCGACCACAAAAAGGGUUUCGGUGGCAAGUUUGGCGUGGAGACAGACCGCGUGGACAAGUCCGCCCACCGCUUCGACGAGGUCGGCAGUGUGGGCACCAACUACACCAAACAGAAGCCCGACAUCGGCGGCGCCAAGCCGGGCUCCAUCCGCGCCAAGUUUGAGAACAUGGCCAAGGAGAAAGAACAGGAAGCAUUGCAGUCUGUGCAGAAAAUACGCCAACAGAGGCUACAAAUGGACAAGGAUUUAUCGCAAAAGGAAAAAGACCGGUUAGAGAAAGAAGAACGCGAAGCUCCCGUCAAACAAUCAGAGCCUGUUAGGCAACCGGACCCGGUCAGGCAGCCGGAACCGGCCAGACAACCGGAACCGGUCAGACAACCGGAACCGGUGAGACAAGCGGAACCAAUCAGACAACCAGAACCGGUAAAACAACCUGAACGGGAACCGACACCCGAGCCGGUUGAGGAGAAGGUUAACUUGCCGGACGUCACGCUGGUGCAGCCUAAAGAGAAGGAAGAGAUGGCUCGGCAGCCCACAAUAGUGAUGUCGCCGGUGGGCUGGGAGGGCGCGGAGGGCGGGGAGGCGGAGGAGGAGGACGAGGAGGGCUACACGGCGCGGGCGCUCUACGACUACCAGGCCGCCGCGCCUGACGAGAUCAGCUUCGACCCCGACGACAUCAUCACCAACAUCGUCAUGAUCGACGAAGGCUGGUGGCAGGGCAUGUGUAAAGGCGCGUACGGACUGUUCCCCGCCAACUACGUCCAGCUGCAGGACAAGUGAGGUGUGUACAUUCCUUUACCAACAUAUUUAUAGAUAUUAAUCAAAUCCUAAUAACCCAUGAAACUUUGACAACAAGCGAAAUUUACUGACUACUAUGAAUGAAAAAACACUCCUUUAGUAUCAAAUUGGACGUUAUUUUAUUUUGGGAAAAGGAUCGAAUCCACAAACGUCUGUCAAUACAUUUUGAACUUACAGUUAAAACGGGAAAUCAUUCAUUUAUAUGGCAUACUCGAGUAUGGAUCCUUUUUGCUAAACUAUGUCCAAUUGGAUUGUUAAAUAAAAGGGCUUAAUUGCGUAACAUACCUACCUCCGACGUCUCGUGAGCGACAUUGCCCUCUUGGUCUAACCUAACAGAAAGAUCGCUCGUGGGUUGUUUUAAAAUGUAUUAUUCGACUGUCCAACGGAAUGGAGGGUAAUGGAUUUAUUACGCGAUUAAAGCCGACCACUGACUAACAGGCCGCCGGACGAUAUCGGCCUGUCAGUUAGAACAAAAAUUUGACAGUUACGAACAACUGACCGGCCGAUAUCGUCCGGCGGACUGUUAGUCAGUGGUCGGCUUUAGUCCCGCCUUAUUUUAUUACUAUGUGAAAUAAUCGUGAAAAUAUUAAUCACUAUAUCGAAAUUCUACUUCAAGUUUCUAUAAAUAUAAACGAAUUGAUUAACACUUGUAAUACCCCAUUUAUUGUUAACAUGAUAAUAUUAUUCCAAUUGAAUUCAUUUCGUGCACUUAUUGACUUUGUAUUAUAUUAAUUUUAAGUGAAUUCUUCAUUUUUUUAAUUUAGUGUAAGAGUUAUUGUUAUCAUAUAGACUUUAUCGUAAGUCGGGCUCGAGAUUAAUUACUGUACCUAUUUGGCAGUCAUGCGCACACUAGCUACCUACAAUUAAAGUGAUUUUUUUACUGAAUUACUUUGAACAUUGUCAUAUUAAUAAAAAAUAUUCACUGAUAUCAAUUAGUAAAUUAUUGUAUUAUAUCACAGAACGACAGUUGGGCUUUAGUGUAAGCUAUAUUUGGCACAAAUAAAAGAUGUAUGUACUUAUGCUGUAUAUAGCUGGUCAAGCAAAUCUUGUCAGUAAAAAAAGGCGCGAAAUUCAAUUUUUCUAUGGGACGACAUCCCUUCGCGCCUACAGUUUUCAAAUUUGCCGCCUUUUUCUACUGACAAGAUCUGCUUGACCAAGUUUAUGAAAGUUACAACACAAUGAUAAAGUAGUAGCGGUAAUAGGUUGAGGUCGAUUCUCAAGAGCUGGCACGAAUGGAAUGAAUGAGUGAAUGAAAACCUCUAUGUGUGUAUCACAUAUUAACCAACCAAGAUGGCUCUGACUGUAUACCGAUACGACAAGGUAACAAUCGCUUGCGCUACGACAACGAAACGCUAUGCGUCUCUAUCAUUGCAUGGUUGCAUUUCGUUCGCUAUGGAGCGUAAGCGACUGGCAUGUAGGCUACGCGGCCUGUAUCAAUACAAUGUAUCAUACAGUGAACAUUUCGUUCAUUUCAUUCGUGUCAGCAUUCGUGAAGCAACCUGAAGCAAUAUACCAACUUUAUUUCAUUCUUUAUUGACUUGAGGUUAUUUUUUGGGUAGCAUUACUUUUUUUAUGAAUUGCUAAUUUUACCAUAAACUGACAUUUAAAAAAAUCGGUUAAACCCUAUUUAAUGAAUUUAUUUAGGAGAUUUUGCAUAAAUAUAUUAACUAUUGUUAGGAAUAUUAUUUUGAAGAUUACAAUCCGUAUGAUUUAGAACAAACUAGCCAAAAAUGCAUAAUGAUAAAUGAAAAUUAUUGCGACUGUUUCCAUGUAUUAAAAUAAAUCAUUCACUAUUAAUUUAUUUCAUGAUUAGACAUUUAAUAUCAAUAUAAUUUUUUUGUGUCGAUGCAUAUCAAAACUGCAUAAGUCCACCCAAAAUGGCAUAGAAUAUGAUUUAUGUAAAGAAUAAAAUGUCAAAUUAGUAUACUUACCAUAGUUUGGGGACAUAGAUAAUUUUGAUGUUCCUUAAUAUUUUAUUACUUUCAGUAGUAUUAUAAUAUUAAACUUGCCUUGACAAUUGUUUAUAGAUGUUUAUAUUUUAAGUUAAAUUCUUGAGUCACGCAUUUAAUUAUCACUUUUUUAUCUACGGAAUUAAGUGAAAUUCAUAUACGUCAACAAGUAUUCAAAAUUAUUAUAACUACUUAUAUGUAUAUACGUGCCAUCUUUUAAAGGCGCAGCAUUUGCUCAAUCCAAUGUCGGAUGCACUUAAUGAAUAUGAUUAAGGGUCGGUUGUACCAAACGUUCGCUAAAUUUUAUUGUAUGGGAAGUUUCAUAGAUCUCUGCCGCGUGACGUAGAUCAGUCUGUUAAUUGCGGUUGGUGCAACUGGCCCUAAAAAGAGCAUUUAUUGAUCACCAUUAAUACACAAUUCACAGCAAUUGGCUGUAGUAGUUGCAUUAGAUAUUCUUGAAAUCUUAUGAUAUCAUUAAAGUAAGAAAAAAUAAAUACGUAGUAUAGGCACAAGCGUGCGUGAUGGCCAGUGAGAGAAGGUAGAUAUAGAAUGCUUGAGAAUUCGAAUGCAUGGUAAUCUGGUUUAGAGAUCGAUAUCCACACGCACUUUCGUCUUCUCUCGUAGUUUCUGCAAUAUUGUAUCAAAGAAUGAUAUAAAGAGGAAUUGUUUUAUUUGAAGUAGGUACAUCGUAGAAAUGGCGAAAAGCUGAUUUCGAAGUACUACUUGAGUUUGUAAUGACCUAAUGAUGGACUUUAUUAUUAUUACUUUUGUAAUUUUUUGCAUAUCAUUGACAGUAACGAUUAAAUAUCAAUAUUUGUACUGUCUAAAUAAUAAUUUACAAUUAUAAGGUGAUGAGGCCAGACAAAAUAAUUCAACGUGUGCAAUUCGUCAUUUUUGCGGUGUACAAAUAGUUGACGAUAUAAUUUAGAAGGGAAUUGGUAUGUUGGUUGUAAAAAUAUAUAAAUAACAAACUAGCAAUACACAUAGUGUAAGAGUUACAGCUCAAACUAACAUUCUGUAUCUAGUAUGCUGCCCACAAUCGCUCGUACGAAUGCCUAAAGUGCUUAACCCUUUUAUCGCCAAAAACCUGUAAUAGACGCAAAAGGCUACAACGUCUACUUCCCAAUAUCAACCCUAGUGCGUUCUAACAAUCACGACGGUGUGCCGCACACGAUCGGCGUGGCGGUCAAAGGGUUAAACAUUUAAGUGACAGUUAAAAUCGUAUAGCUACACGUUGUUCUAUAUUUAAUGUAAUAAGUUUCGUUCAUAAAAUGAGUUUUAAGUACACCAAAGAGCUCGGAACCGGACCAUCGCCGCCUCAACCCGAUCCGCUUAGUAUUCUUUAUAGAAAACUUCUUACACUGUGAUGCACACUUAUCGGCAUCGUCUCGUCAACGCUCGCUAGCGUCGCGCGGCAACGGCGCGUUUACCGCCCGUGGGUUCCCCCUAGGCGCCGAUGUCACAUAGGCACUGUCGCCCGACGCAAGCGCGACGUCAACUAGCCGUAGCCGUAUUCACAGCGUUGAGUCGCUUGUGUUACGUACAUACGCAAGGUAUACUCGUUCGAUUUGUAGCUGGCCCCGAACGGCUAUCAAUCCUUUGUCCAUUGUUAAGACGACUAGUUGACGGCGAGCGGAUGAGUGAGGGCGGCGUUUUGGUCUGGUGUCGAGCUAUUUGGCGUACUCCAACCUUUAAACUUAUGUUCAUGUUAUGAGUUGGCCAUAGUAUGGUAUGCGUACACUCAAGUUCUAUACAGCCCAUUCCAGACCAAUUAACGAAAAAAUUUAAUACACUAAAAACCAAUAUACUAGGGUCAACCGAGGUAAAUGCGUCACUUGAGGUAAAUGCGUCUUUUAAACGUUUCUUCUAAAUGGAACAUUUUAGAACUAUUGCAACCCUCCCAAUUCGAAGUGUGGUCACUGAAAUUUUUGUGUAGACGGCUAUAAUAGUUAUAAUAUGUUGCGUUUGGACGAUAUCUUCAAAAGACGCUUUUACCCCAAGAGACGCAUUUAUCCCGGUUGACCCUACUUUCUUUUGUGGAGCAAUAAAUAAUUCUAUAGAAUAUAGCUGGACCACCAUCAAUAACAAUUCUUAAUUUUGAUUUGAUACUGGAAAUAAUUUUUUUCUUCGUAUAAUUGGAUUGGGAUGGAGUUUACAAAUGUUGUAUUAAUCUUCGUACCUAUAGUUGGUAUUUAAUGCCGAACUGUAUUUUAUAAAAGACGAUUUAUAUUGUUUAUAAAAGUAAAUAAAUAGUUUUAUUUUAUAUCGA